AAAGUUCAUUUUCUAUCUGAUUCUGCACCUAGAAUCAUUUAAGUGCUGGUGCACAGCCUAUAUUGAUACACAAACAUAAAACUGCAGUCUUCUCUUUUCCAUUUGAACAUUUGAUUAUUUUAUUUCUUUAUGAUUUUGGUUCUCAAAAUUUCAUGAUGAAAAGCUUCUUCUUGUCUCUGUUAGUAGGUCUUCUUUUCAGUAAAGACUACGUUAAACCCACAGAAAUAGAUGGGAAGAAGAAAUGGAAAGGUGAAGGUACCACACCUAACCUGGAGAGCAUUGUAAUUGGAAGGUGUUAUGAAUAUAUUAGAAUUGUGAAUCCAAGUAUUGGUGAGAAGAACUGUACAGAGAUAUGGGAAGCUUUCAGAAAGGCUUUUAUUAAUAAGGAUCCUUGCAACAUUUUACCAUCAGACUAUGAGUUAUUUAUUAACCUGGCACUGCACACAAUUCCACCUAACAAGUCUCUGUUCUGGGAAAAUAACCAUCUGCUGGUCACCAGCUAUUCUGAUAGAACUCGUCGCUACAUGCCUCUGUGUGAUACUUUAAUUGGUUCAUUUGGAGAUUUCCUGAACUGGUGUGGACAAGCAAACGAUACUGGAUUUAAUUAUGAUUCCUGCCCUAACACAGAAGAGUGUGAAAAUAAUGCAGUAGAAUCUUUCUGGAAGAUUGCAUCAAUCACUUAUGCAAAGCAGAGCUCUGGGGUAAUAUACGUUAUGCUGAAUGGUUCUGCGAUAGGGGGUGCCUAUCCAGUCAAAGGUUUUUUUGCAGACUAUGAAGUGCCUAACUUCCAAAAAGACAGAAUUUCACGAAUUGAAAUCUGGGUCAUGGAUGACAUUGGGGGACCUGACUUGGAUUCCUGUGGGAGAGGCAGUGUACAAAUACUAGAAGAGAGACUCAAAACCAUGGGUUAUGACAUCACCUGCAUUGACAAUUACAAAUCUGUACUGCUGUUAAAGUGCCUGGAUUAUCUUAAUCAUUCUGAUUGUUCCAUGGUUUUCUCUGCACCUUCAACACAAAGAGGACUUGUAUCUCCAGACAGAGGCGGCAGCCGGAGCAGGCUCAUUUAUACUAUUUUUGUAGCAUUUGUUUUUGAGAUCUGCUUUAACCCACUGAAUUAAUGUAUGUAAUUCAAUCCUUCUGUUUGCCUCCAUUGUCUGUAAGUUUGGCAUUAUCCUGUCUCUGAAUGUAAUUCCUCCCUUAAUUCCUGUGAUUGCAAGUCUGCCUGUUAUAACUUAUGUAACAUUGCCUUUGACUCCUCUGCUGCUGGAAGCUUCAUCCAUGCCUUCCUCUCUCCUCAUCUGGGUAACUCCCUCCUUGUCUGUGGCCUCAACUUAUUCCAGUUAUCCAGAAUCCCAUGAUGAAUGGUACUGCCCUUUUAUUCACCUGUCAGGAACCAGGGCCACACCACCCCUAUUCAAUGCCACCUGGGGGGGGGGGGGUGGAGGGCCCAGUGGGGCAAUUUGCCCCAGGCCCCACAGGGCCCCCACAAGAAUAUAGUAUUCUAUAGUAUUGCAACUUUUUUAAUGGAAGGGGCCCCCAAAAUUGCUUUGCUCCGGGCCCCCUGAAUCCUCUGGGCAGCCCUGCCCCUAUUCACAAAUAGCUUCAUUGUCUCCCCACCCAUUUUUGGAUCCAUUUUAAAAACUGCCUUCUUGUUUUUAAAAGGCUUCCUUCUCCCUUGGGCUUCAUUCUCCCCUGCCAUGCACCUUGUGUUAUCUGCACCUCUUUGAAGUGAGUGCAGAUGGGAUGUAAAAUGCUAUCCCUUGUGUGAAUGGGUAGCAUUUUAAACUCACUUUGUACAAGCGUAAAUAACAAAACUAGGAGUAAGGCAGUGGAGAAUUUGGCCCAUUGUUUUCACAUGCACUAUAUCCAUCACUAUCAGAGUUCCUCAACUGGUUGCUUUCUGGGAGAAGGGAAGAUUGGAUGUGGCAGGGGUCCUGGGGGAGGGAGGCCAUCAGGAAUAAAAGCGGGGUUGGAUGGGCUGGUGGAGGUCCGGGGGCAGUCAGCAGACAUGGGAAGUUGGAUGGGGCAGGAGUCCCUUGGGGGGCAGAUAGGAGGUAGAGGCCCCCUCCCCUAACCAGCCCUGCAUACAAUCUAUGAAACCUGAUGCGGCCCUCAAGCCAAAAAGUUUGCCCACCCCUGGUUUAGAGCGCUAAGUAAGUACUAACUGUCACAGUUUUAGGUAACUACACCUGUAUCCUCCCCUCUGUGGUCCACUCCAGGAGUUCCCAGUCAGGUCUCCAGGAAUCACUUGUUUCUGGGCAGGGAUCCUUGCCCCACUCCCUUCUGACCUAGGGUUUUAAGGCUGAACAGCUCCCUGCCUUACACUGUGAUAUCCCCAGCAAGCAGUCUACCUAAAGGUCAGCGCCUGUGCUUUUCUCUCUCUCUCUGAGGGCUAUCAACAGUAUAUUGUCAGCAGUUACAAAUUACCACACAACUCUUUCUGAGCAAGCACCUUUAUUGUUAAAGAUAAAAGCAUUUUGGAGAAAACAUAUUAAAACAAUAAACAGAUUUAAAUACA